AUUAUAAAAACACUUGAGGUACUACAGAAUUUGGAUAUAUCGCUGGAUAUUCUAGUGGAAACUGGCAUAGGCAAAACAGUUAACAGUUUUAGGAAACAUGCCACUGCUGGGAAUAUAGCUAAAACCCUGGUAAAACAAUGGAAGAAACUUAUUCCUUCUGAAAAGACAAGCACUCACAGAGAAAGAAAACAAAAUACUGAAAAAGAUGAGACGAAAUCUUCUAUUUCCGAGGUUGUUGCGCCUCCAGGGAAGUCCAAAGCAUCAGUACUGGCCUCCAGAAGUUCCGAUAGUGCUCCCAAUUCUAAAAAGUUGAAUAAGCACCGUACUUGUAGUGGAAAGAUCCACCAAAGUAGAGAUUCUGAGUCUCAAAAAGAAUGUGAUAAUAAAGAACAUAGUAACAGUGGUUCUGAGCAUGUUUCCCAGGGUACCAGUCCUCAAGCUAAAGAAAGCGACUUCAAAGAGAGAACCUCUACAGAGAGCAAGAAUUUUUCAGAAGAGCAUAAUUCCCCUGUAGCCGGUAAAGACUUACCACAGCUGAAGGAAAAGCCUAGAAGGAAUGCUUCCAAAAAGAGGAAUCCUAAGCAUAUGAAGAAACUAAACCAAAAACUUCUAAUAAAAAGCAAAGACAAGUUAUCUAGUGAUGAGGAAUUUGAGCCCCCUACUAUGUCUUUUGAAUCUUACCUUAAUUAUGAUCAGGUUACAAAGAAAAGAAAGAGGAAGGCUUAUUUUACAGGUGCACAGCCAAAGAAGUGCUCUGAAGAGAAAGACAGCUCGUUACUACAAAAGACUUCAAACUUUUCUCAUGUGAAAGAGGGAGAGGAAGGUAUAAAAAAAUGUGAGGAUGAUCGAUCAGAAACUCCCAAUAAAAAGGCCAAGGUGGCAUCCCUCCAAGAUCUUCUUAAUACUCCACUGCCUAAAUUUCUGACAGGCAUCUCAAUCUCCUCUCCGCCAUAUGCUGCAGACUUUAAAGCACCUGUUGUAGAAGCACCCCAGCAAGUCAGUGAAACAGUUCAAUUCACAGGACGGAGACUGAACUCUAAAAUGCAAGUUUACUCUGGCUCUAAACCAGUCUGUCUUUCAAAGAUGCUUACGCUGUAUGAACAGUGCAUCCGUGUGCUUCAAAAUAAUAUUGAUUCACUGCAUGAAGUAGGAGGUGUGCCCUUUGAAAUUCUUGAGCCUGUGCUAACACGUUGCACACCAGAGCAGUUGCUUCGAAUAGAGGAAUGUAAUCCGACGUUUACAGAAGAGUGUGACCACUUGUGGAAGAAACACUGCCAGAGAGAUUUUAAAAAUGAGAGCCUCCUGGAAUAUGAGUCUUGGCGUGAAAUGUACUUGAGAUUGUCUAAUCAGAGAGAAGAAAAACUGAAGACACUGACAAAAAAUAUUCUUUCAGCUCAGUCUGAGAAACCAAAAGGCAGGCAAGUAAAAAUGGCUUAUGUGACCAGUGCAGCAAAACCAACAAGGAACAUUCGCAGGCAGCAAGAAAUCCAUGGGACAGCAGGACCUCUCACCCAACUUCAUCCCAUAGAGAAGUGCAAAACAAAGAUUCCAGAAAGCAGAGAUAGAAAUAACACAUCAUCAAAUCCGAUCCCUGCUUGCAACAGUGGAAGCUCUAGCUCAAGUGUAAUGACUCAAGAUGGAAAGAAGCCUAUCAAAAAAAUUGCACCAAUCAUGAAGAAAACUUUGAGAGCAUUGAAGAGUAGAGCUGGACGACGGUAA